UGUGACGACGAUGAAGGUCACUUUCCAAGAGCGUAGCAAGAACCGUUGGGCGUACCUACUACUCAUCAUCUCUUGAACCAAUCCCUUCCCACAAACUCCUUCUCACCAUACACCGCGUAAAUACACACCCCCUCGGAACACAAUGAUUCUCCUCGACUACCACAAUCGCAUCAUCGAGGACACCCUCAAGGCGCGCUUCAAUCCGUAGGUGGACACUUUUUUCCAGGCUGGCACGAAGUGGUGACGUGACUGGCGAGCGAGGACUUAGGUGGUGAAUGAGUACCCCUGAGUAACCGAAUUGCUGGUAACCUCUCCCAUUUACCAAGGAAAGACCAAGGACAGCAUGCUAAUAUUGCCGCUUCUCGAUGCUCAUACCUCUUGCAACGUAGUGAGAACAAACCCAAGCCAGUGGACAUGAACAUUGUCGACUUUGAUGGCGUUUCGUACCACCUCUCAACUCUCGACGACCAGGAUACCAAGCUGAAUCUCUCCAUCCGCUGGAAUUGCUGGCCUGAGCUCGUCCAAUACGGCGCCAUGGAUGUGUUAAAGCGCGAGUACAGCCAAUGGAUCGUUAACCCCGAGCAGGGCUACAAUUUCACCCUCCAGUUCGACCUUGAAAACCUUGGCGCAGAUCCUGAGGAUCUGAUCCGCAAAGUGUCAUUAUUGAAGCGCAAUGCCAUGGCGGCACCAUUCGAGAGAGCAUUUGAUGCACAGGCCCUGGCUGAGAAGGAAGACACUUGGGACCCUUCAACCUCACAGCUGAUGACGAUCCACUACCGUGAUGGCGAGGCUAUUUAUGUUCAGAACCAGCAGGACAGAGUCACUGUUAUUUUCUCCACAUUGUUCAAGGAGGAGACCGACCGUAUCUUCGCCAAAGUCUUCCUUCAGGAAUUCGUGGAUGCCAGAAAAAAGCCUCACCUCCAGAACGCACCACAAGUUAUCUACUCUCAUCGCGAGCCCCCACUGGAGAUUCGCCAUGUCCCUGGCCUCCUCGACUCUGAAAGCAUGGGCUACAUCACAUUCGUUGUGUUCCCCCGCAACUUUGCUGCUGGAGCUGUCCGUGAGGAGACCAUCUCGAGGAUCCAGAUCUUCCGCGACUAUCUUCACUACCAUAUCAAGUGCUCCAAGGCCUAUAUGCACUCGCGUAUGAGAGCUCGUGUCUCGGACUUCCUCAAGGUCCUCAACCGCGCCAAGCCCGAGAUCCAGGCAUCGGAGAAGAAGCUGGCCAGCGGAAGGGCCUUCCGUCGUGUGUAGGGCAAGGCUAGGGUAGAUUCAAUUACAAUGUAUGGAGGAGUGUAAAUGAACCGCUUGAGGAUACCAAACGAAGUAUUAUGCAUUGUGCCCAUGCCUCAAAUGAACCUU